GCGCAGAAGAUUGCAGCAUGACACGAGUGUAGUGAAGAGUGCAGUGACAGGUCUCUCGCUCCACACACAAGCGGAUAAACUGUGUUUUAUUCAUUCUCGUCAAAAUGUCGUGGCUGUUCGGCCUGAACAAGGGGCAGCCUGAAGUGCCUCCCGGUCUCCCGGUUCCUCCUGCACCGCCUGCCCCGCCGGCUGGAGGCUCCAGCGGCGGUGGAGAUAAACCCAAGGACAAAUGGAGCAACUUCGAUCCCACCGGGCUGGAGAGGGCUGCUCAGGCGGCCAAGGACCUCGACAAGUCCCGACAUGCCAAAGAAGCUCUGGAAUUGUCUCGAAUGCAGGAGCAGAGCACUCAGAUGGAGCAUCAGAGCAAGAUAAAGGAGUACGAAGCAGCAGUUGAGCAGAUCAAAGGGGACCAGAUACGAGUCCAAGCGGAGGAGAGGAGGAAAACUCUAAAUGAAGAGACCAAACAGCAUCAAGCGAGAGCUCAUUUUCAAGAUAAGCUGGCCAGACAGCGAUAUGAGGACCAACUAAGGCAACAGCAAGCACUGAAUGAUGAGAACCUUCGCAAACAGGAGGAGUCUGUGCAGAAGCAGGAGGCCAUGAGGAAAUCGACAAUAGAGCAUGAGAUGGGGCUGAGGCACAAGAAUGAGCUCCUGCGUAUAGAGGCUGAGACCAAAGCACGAGCCCGGGUGGAGCGAGAGAACGCCGACAUCAUCCGCGAGCAAAUCCGUCUGAAGGCUGCAGAACACAGACAGACGGUCCUGGAGUCCAUAAAGACUGCAGGUGCUGUGUUUGGAGAAGGAUUCAGAGCCUUUGUGUCCGACUGGGACAAAGUUACAGCCACGGUGGCAGGGCUGACCCUUUUAGCUGUGGGAGUUUACUCGGCCCGAAACGCAACAGGGGUGGCGGGACGAUACAUCGAGGCCAGGCUCGGGAAGCCGUCGCUGGUGCGGGAAACAUCCCGAUUCACUGUGGCAGAGGCGAUCAAGCAUCCAGUCAAGACGGCCAAGCGACUGAAGAGCAAACCUCAGGACGCUCUCGAGGGAGUUGUGCUCAGUCCUUCCCUGGAGGAGCGUGUACGUGAUAUUGCCAUAGCAACAAGAAACACUAGGCAGAACAAUGGCCUGUACAGGAACAUCCUGAUGUACGGCCCGCCGGGCACGGGGAAAACUCUGUUUGCUAAGAAGCUGGCAGUGCAUUCUGGGAUGGACUACGCAAUCAUGACUGGUGGUGACGUGGCACCCAUGGGCCGUGAUGGCGUGACAGCCAUGCACAAAGUGUUUGACUGGGCUGGCACAAGUCGACGAGGACUUCUGCUUUUUGUUGAUGAAGCGGAUGCAUUCCUUCGCAAGAGAUCCACUGAGAAGAUCAGUGAAGACCUCAGAGCCACUUUGAAUGCAUUCUUGUACCGCACUGGAGAGCAGAGCAACAAGUUCAUGCUGGUGUUGGCCAGUAACCAACCAGAGCAGUUUGACUGGGCCAUAAACGACCGUAUUGAUGAAAUAGUAAACUUUGCUCUGCCGGGUCCUGAUGAGAGGGAGAGGCUGGUGCGGCUGUACUUUGACAAAUAUGUGCUGGAGCCCGCCACAGGAGGGAGGCAGAGGAUGAAGCUGGCACAGUUUGAUUAUGGCCAAAAGUGCUCCGACAUAGCGAAGCGGACAGACGGCAUGUCAGGAAGAGAGAUCUCUAAGCUGGGCGUGGCCUGGCAGGCGGCGGCAUAUUCCUCUGAAGAUGGCGUCCUGACAGAGGCUAUGAUUGACGCUCGAGUUGACGAGGCUGUCAAGCAGCACCUUCAGAAGAUGGACUGGCUUCAUGGAGACGAUGAGGCUCAGACCAAGACCCUUACCCCUCCCCUAGCUGGAGCGACGGCCGGCAUAGGCAAAAUGGGUUUCACUCUGCCCCUAAGCGAGGCCCCAGAGGCUCAGGAGGUGAUUGCUCCAGUUCUCGAGUCAAUUACAAAACUAGAAGGUGAAAGUGUAGCACCAUCUUCAGACAACGACCAACCAGCAGAAGGCAAAAGUGCCAACCCGGCUGGACAGGACUGUGACGAUGCUGUCAAAGCUGCGACAGAAGCAGAGAGUUUAGCCCAGCCUGCUGCCCCCACUGACAGUGAAGGCAAAGUGACAGAAAAUGAAGACAAAGCUGCAUCUCCUCCUCCAAAGGAUGGAACUCCAGUUUAAGACUUAGGUUUGUUCGGUGGGCAGCCUGGAUUAGAAAGAUUAGUGCCCGGCCUUUUUAACUAGUAUGUCCGUUUGUCUUAAAGUCUGUUGGACUGUCUGUGACAAAAUGAGUUCAGCAAGUAGGAGCAAAUAACCUACUAAAAUAAAAAUGAUGCCUGAGACUCUUUGAUCUAAUAUAUAUUAUGUACAUUGUAAAAGUGUACUUUACACACCAGAUUGUGUGUCUGUAAUAAUAGUAUAUACGUGGUAUGCACUGUGGAGUGUCUGUUGAAAUGAUUAAAUGCAUCUGUGUUUUUAUAAACAAAUGAUCUCAUGUU